CGUCUCCAACUCCCACCCAGUACUGUCGAAGCGUCACAACGAGAGUGAGUGAAGCCCUGUUAAUACCAUCGGCAUCAUCAUCAAUCACCGAGGUGUCUUCGAUCGUACAGAGUGCUACGUGAAGACCAUCUGUACAGACGAGAAAUACCGAGAAAUCGAGAAAAAUGUUCCACCUGAAUAAAUUGUCACUGAAGCCGGUGGCUGAUAUACCUGGAGUGUUGGCACGCGCCGUUCCAGCGGCCCUCCAGGCCCGUGGUUAUGCCGAUCAUCAGAUUCCAGAUCGUCUCAAGGACAUUCCAAACGCCGAAAAUCCAAAAUUUUUCAACAUGAUAGAGUAUUUUUUCCACCGUUCCUGUCAAAUUGCUGAGGAUAAACUCGUCGAGGAGAUUGGACGACGAUCAAAAAUGACGAUCGAAGAGAGGAGAAAGAAGGUCAAAGGAAUUCUCAUGAUGAUGGAGCCCUGUGAUCACAUUCUAGAAACAACUUUCCCAUUGAAACGGGACUCCGGGGAUUAUGAGAUGAUUACGGGAUACAGGGCACAGCAUUCCACUCAUCGCACCCCAUGCAAGGGAGGAAUUCGUUUCUCGAUGGACGUUAGUAGAGAUGAAGUCAAGGCACUUUCAGCUCUGAUGACCUUCAAGUGUGCCUGUGUCGAUGUGCCAUUUGGUGGUGCCAAAGCGGGGAUUAAAAUCGAUCCUAAAAAAUACUCUGAGCAUGAACUUGAAAAGAUAACUCGUAGAUUCACAUUGGAAUUGGCUAAAAAGGGAUUCAUUGGACCUGGUGUCGAUGUACCAGCCCCAGACAUGGGCACAGGAGAACGCGAAAUGUCUUGGAUUGCAGAUACGUUUGCCAAGACAAUUGGUCACUCUGACAUCAACGCUCACGCUUGUGUCACCGGAAAGCCCAUAAACCAAGGUGGAAUUCACGGUCGCAUUUCAGCAACAGGUCGAGGUGUCUUCCACGGUCUCGAGAACUUCAUCAACGAGGCGAACUUCAUGAGUAUGAUUGGAACAACUCCAGGCUGGGGUGGUAAGACUUUUAUUGUCCAGGGUUUCGGUAACGUGGGACUCCACUCGAUGCGUUAUCUACAUCGUGCCGGGGCCACUUGCAUCGGCGUCAUUGAGCACGAUGGCUCGAUCUACAAUCCAGAGGGCAUUGAUCCCAAGGCUCUGGAGGACUACAGACUUGAUAACGGAACGAUAGUGGGAUUCCCCGGGGCUCAGCCUUAUGAAGGGGAGAAUCUCAUGUUCGAACCUUGUGAUAUCUUUAUUCCCGCUGCUGUUGAGAAGGUCAUCAACAAGGAUAACGCCGGACGUAUUCAGGCUAAAAUAAUCGCCGAGGCUGCCAACGGCCCCACCACCCCAGCAGCCGACAAAAUCCUCAUAGAAAAAAACAUUCUCGUAAUACCUGACCUUUACAUAAAUGCCGGUGGUGUCACCGUCUCCUUCUUCGAGUGGCUCAAGAACCUGAAUCACGUAUCGUACGGUCGACUCACAUUCAAGUACGAACGGGAAUCCAAUUAUCACUUACUGGAGUCUGUCCAGGAGUCACUUGAACGCAGAUUUGGACGUGUCGGGGGGAGGAUUCCCGUUACACCGUCUGAGGCAUUCAAUAAGAAAAUUGCUGGAGCUUCCGAAAAAGAUAUUGUUCAUUCCGGUCUUGAUUACACAAUGGAGCGAUCUGCUAGGGCCAUCAUGAAGACUGCCAUGAAAUUCAACCUUGGUCUUGAUCUGAGGACAGCUGCGUACGUGAAUUCAGUCGAGAAAAUUUUCACAACAUACUCUGAGGCUGGUCUUGCAUUCUAAAAGCCCAGUCAUGAUAAAAGGAAAAAAAACGAAAAAAUCACUGAUCACGAGGACGGAGUGUCAGCCAGUAUUCAAAUAUUUUAAUCGAUUCUAUUGUUCACAUGAUAAAAAUAUCUUCACAAUUGCAAGAAUGAUAGAUGAAAUUUAAUUAUCCUUCAUUUCUCAUUAAUUGUUUUUCCAAUUGUGAUUGGCAUGGAAAAUUGCCUCGACAAUUGUUGAAAAAAGAAAAUGAAAGUGCUCAGUAGACUCGAUAUUUACCACUAGUUGGCAACAGACUUGUCACACUGCAUCGAUAGUCAAUGCAUUACCACAGUAACUUGCUACUUAAUUUACGUAAGAAACGGGUACAACACCAAAUGUCAAUGAAUCAAAAGAUCCUUAUUCACUGAAACUGUUCAAAACAAUGGCGGAAUUUUUUUAUAUGUCAAUUUUUAUCGAUAUCGCAAAGUUUUUAAUUGAAAUAGAUUAACUCAGUGAUAGCAUUUACACGCUGGAUGGAAUUUUAGAUUGAAUAAUCAUUGAGUCUUGUUUGAAUCGACAGUAAUUUGAGAAUCUUAACUUACCAAUUAUGAUUCAUCCGAUAUCAUUGUACUUUCUACUCAUACAGAAUGCAAAAUGUAUUAUAUGAGUGACAUUUACAGAUGUACUGUUAAUGUUCUUGCAGAAACCUGUUAAUAUUAAAGGAUAAGCUCACUUGCGUCAACAUUGA